UACUUCAGUUUUGCCACCUCUCUUUAUAAGGCCACCCAUGUCCACAAACCAACCCUAUAAUCCAUGCUUUUAUAUUCGGAUUCAGAUAAUCUUGUUACUUCUUGCACUGAAAACAAGUUGGGUUUGGAGGCAUUUAAUUCAACCUCUAAUAACCUAAUAAAAAUGGAAGCAUCAGUUGCUCAGAUGGGUCAGAAGAGGAAUAGAAAAGGUGCUGCAAAAAAUUUAGAGACUAGUGUUACUUCUAGUGGGGAAUCAGAGCAUGAGGCACAUAUAUUGACCGAGAGAGAAAGGAGGAAAAAGAUGAGGACUAUGUUCACCAAUCUUCAUGCUUUGCUUCCUCAGCUCCCUGCCAAGGCAGACAAGUCCACCAUUGUUGAUGAAGCAAUAAAAUACGUCAGAACUCUGGAAGAAACUCUCCAAACACUUGAAAAACAAAGGCAAGAAAAGCUCCAAGGAGCAACAUUUGCUGACAGUAGUGAACCAUCAGUAAUCACAGUGCAGACAGAAGCAGUCGAAUCCAGGGAAGCAUUUUUGGCUAUUCAAGGACCAUCAAAGAACUAUCCCAGGGCCACAAAAAUGCCUCAUAUGCUUCCUGUCUCUCUAACCCCAGCUUGUUUCCAGACAUGGUUCUCACCAAAUGUUGUGAUGAACAUGUGUGGUGAUGAUGCACAAAUCAGUGUGUGUUCGGUGAAGAAGCCUGGUUUACUUACCAGCAUUGUCUAUAUACUACAGAAGCAUAAAUUGGAUGUUGUAUCUGCUCAUAUUUCCUCAGAUCAAUUUCGUAGCAUUUACAUGAUUCACGCUCAUGCUGGUGGAGCUUGUGGUCAGUAUCCAGAGGCAUUGUCAGUUGAAGAUACAUUUAAGCUAGCAGCAGGAGAAAUGAACUUGUGGCUACUGUCAUGUUGAUGUCAGGUGUUUGCCAUUUUUGUAGAAUUGAAGAGCUUGAUGUUCUCAUUACAUAGCUACAAGCCAUGAGGGUGCGCCAGGCAAUUUCUGCAAUUAACGAAACCUUUGCAAAUGAAGCUUCAGUGUAUAUACGCACAAGAAACCAAAGUGUUCAUAGAAGUUCAGUUUUCAUAUUAAUGGAUGUAUCUGUCCAUUUAAUUGGUUUUGUGAUAAUCUUUUGCUGAAACUAAAACUAAUUUUUCUUAUUGAAUUAAACUUAUGUUUGCUGUAAAACUAGUGGAAUUGAAGAACA